AAACUCUACACAAGAACAGGAGUGCUUUGGGAAGGUUUCAUUUCUUGCAGCACGCUAAACGGUCACAUUAUUGUUUCCCGACCAAGAAUUUACCAAUAAAAUGCAUUUAAAUAAAUAUAGUGAAGUAGUGGAACGGCUUGAGAACGAGGAAUUCGAGCAAGUCGAAUUGGGAGCUGAAGUCUACCAGCAAUUACUUGCUAUUUAUCUCUAUCAAAACAAACUGGCCGAUGCCAAGUUGUUGUGGAUGAGAGUUCCAGCUAACCUAAAGGAUGACAAGGAACUGAUCCAACUGAACCUGCUCAAUAUUUCCCUGCAGAACAAUAACUAUGCCGAUUUCUUCAAACACAUCAAGUAUGAGUGGUCGGAAAGAGUAAAGUCACCUGUGGAGGAUCUUCUAAAUAAGCAACGCGAAGAGCUGUUCAAACUAAUGGGCAGCGCUUAUGUGUCCAUUUACCAGCAUAAUCUACUGGAAUUGUCACUAAUGUCGGAGGACGAAUUGAAACGCGUCUGUGCGGCCUUAAAUUGGACUGAGGAACUGGACGGUGACCGGGUGAUCCUGAAGCCCAAGGUUCAGGAAGCACCGCCAACUCGUGGAAACGAUGACCAGCUGCUUAAGUUGACCGAGUUUGUAACCUUCCUAGAGAAUUAAGCCUCAAUAAAUUUCAAUUUUUGUAUAAA